AUGGCCGAAGCUUUAGGUCUCGCAGCGUCAGUCAUCGAAGUCUCCAAUGAAGCCUUUGCACUUGGGAAGUAUCUCAUUGGCAUAGUCCAGGACUACCGCAAUGCCCCGUAUGAGAUCAGUCAGAUCGCCAGCGAGCUUUUUGUCUACAGCGAGUUGAUGGGGCCAUUGGCGGAGCAUUUGAAGGCUGGCUCGGUCAACUACAGUGCAGGAUUUAAGCAGAGUGUUGAAAACAUUGCUCGUAAUACAAUAAAAUUGUUCAACGAGCUCGAAGCACUGAUGCCGCCAACCAAAGCAGACGGCACCAUCGACAAAGGCGUCGGCGCGCGACUAACGUUUGCUUUCAGAAAAGGCAAAAUCGCAGAGGUACAGGACAAGGUCUUCCGAAUGCGAGACACUUUUCGCUUCAUCAAGGAGGGCUACGAAGACCAGAUGCGAAGAGCGCAGCCCGUAGGAACCAACGGAAUGCUCCAUGGCGAGCCUGUCACGCUGUCAGGUCCUGGAAGAGACUCCUCUGGCAACCAAGUCAAUUUCUCUGUCACACUUGUCAUGCGUCCGGCGCAGUCUUCAACCUAUAGUUCUGCACCAAUAACAAGAGAGAAGGCGGAAGCUCAACCGCAGCUGCGACGACCGGAAGGCUACCUUCAGGCUCUGCGUCAGAGUCCGUACUUCUCGGCCGGCGUCCUGCUAUCCUCGCCUUCCAGCGGUAUGACGAGGGCGUACCGUGAGGCGCCGAAAGAUCCUGCCGUCGAGAAAAUUGCGGCAAGAGAGUGGGCUCGUAGAAAACCCUCUCCCUAUGCGGCUGAAAGCGGAUACGCUCCUGGGACGGAAUACAUGACAAAGUCCAGAAUGAGCAGAGAGUCGGCAGAAAGUUCGAGCGAGACUGCGGAUAUCCCAGAUGAUGCUGAGGCUGCUAGAGAUGUCGACGCUCUUCUCGCUAGCUGGUUCGGCGGCGACAACGAGCAGUCUACAUCAGGUCGGCCUGCACUCACUGUUGUAGAACCCGAGGAGGAUGAGCACGAAAUCCCUAUGCCGUACUCGAGGACGCCACCACGAAGCCCAAAGACCGCAAGGGCGCCUUCUCCAGCCGGGCAUUAUGUGUCUGGGUCGGACCCGUUUACCUGUGAUUCCUGUAAUCAAGAGGUGAGCAAUAAUGAGAGAAUUGAAUAUGAUCAAGCUAAUAGGAUACCAGAUCCGAGGAACACGCUUCGAAUGUAA